AACUUUUAUGGGCAUCUUAUUUUACACAAAAGUUAACACAGACAACAGACACGACUCUGGUCCACGAAACAUUCUAUCGCCGCCCAGCCGUAACGCAAAAGCACUCAGCGCCAAAAAGGGGCCGACCGUCUCCUGGGCGGCCACCGCCCCUGCUAACCCCGCCCCCGUCACGGGUUUCUUUCCGUGCGUCCUUGCUAUUGGCUCCUUUCCGGGCGCCUUCGGUUGCCGUGAGACCGAGGCGAUGGCAACCAGGAGAAGCCAAACUUGGUCACCUGGUUCGCGGCGUGCCAGGGCGCGGAGCUCAUGGCGCUCUACGAGCUCUUCUCUCACCCGGUAGAGCGCAGCUACCGCGCUGGACUCUGCUCCAAAGCCGCGCUGUUCCUGCUGCUGGCCGCGGCGCUCACGUACAUCCCGCCGCUGCUGGUGGCCUUCCGGAGCCACGGGUUUUGGCUGAAGCGGAGCAGCUAUGAGGAGCAGCCGACCGUGCGCUUCCAGCACCAGGUGCUGCUCGUGGCGCUGCUGGGACCUGAGAGCGGCGGGUUCCUCGCCUGGAGCACGUUCCCCGCCUUCAACCGGCUGCAGGGGGAUCGCCUGCGCGUCCCGUUUGUUUCGACUAGAGAAGAAGACAGGAACCAGGAUGGGAAGAUGGACAUGUUACAUUUUAAGCUGGAGCUUCCCCUGCAGUCUACGGAGCACGUUCUCGGUGUGCAGCUCAUCCUGACUUUCUCCUAUCAGUUACACAGGAUGUCAACCUUCGUGAUGCAGAGCAUGGCAUUUCUUCAGUCCUCCUUUGCUAUCCCUGGAUCCCAGUUAUAUGUGAAUGGAGACCUGAGGCUGCAGCAGAAACAGCCGCUGAGCUGUGGCGGCCUAGAUGCCCGAUACAAUCCCUCAGUAGCCAGGGUCAAAAGGCCAUCUUGGUUAAUGGUUAAUGAUUGCCUUGCAGUUACCACCAUCCUGAGUGAUCCCAACCCCAUCUGGCUGGUGGGCAGGGCUGCAGAUGCUCCAUUUGUGAUUAAUGCUGUCAUCCGAUACCCUGUGGAAGUCAUUUCUUAUCAGCCAGGAUUCUGGGAGAUGGUAAAGUUCGCCUGGGUGCAGUAUGUCAGCAUCCUGCUUAUCUUCCUCUGGGUGUUUGAAAGAAUCAAGAUCUUCGUGUUUCAGAAUCAGGUGGUGACCACCGUCCCUGUGACAGCGACGCCCCGGGGAGAAGUGUGGAAGGAGCACUUAUCCUAGGAAGGCUGUUUCUGAGGGCUCAGCAGGACCGUGGCUGCCUCAUUGUCAUCUCCUGGGAACAUCUUAGGAUGUUUCUGAAAGAGCCCAGGGGACACAUGCGGGCUUGUGUGCUCUUCCCCUCGGAGACAAAGAACAGUUCUUCCCUUUGCUCUAUACAAGUUCCAUAUCUUCAGAGCUCCUGCAGAAUCAUCAGGGAGUAGUUUGUGGAAAGGUCUGAGGGUUCCUGGAGGCUGUAAUUAGCUUUUUGGGUUUUUCUUCUUUGCCUUAGCGUUGAAUUUCAGGAGAAAAUUGCAGUCAGUUCAGACAUCUUGGAAAGAGUCCCAUCUCUGGUCAAGCAGAGACUUUUCCUCUGUUGAGUGAGAAACACACUGUGCAUUUCUUCCUUCUACUGUGAGCCACUCUUACUCUUUUCAGGGCUCCCUUGUGACAAACAUGCCAAUCACUAGCACUUUGCACCCCUGGGCCUCUCCAUUUCCCAUUCAGAGCUUUGAUUUCCAGAGCUGAGGCCUUUCGCUGCAGACCUAGAGGGGCAGGGCCCAAGGGGGAGGGCCGCCUUGGCACAGGCAUGAGGGAGGGCCGCUGAAGGACACUCGGACCGUCCACCUGCCUCGGCCCGAAAGUCAGUCAUCUGUCAUCAGCUCAGCGGAGCAGCCCUGGAUGCCUGCCUGCCUGUGGCUGGCUCUUUGCCCUGUUUUGCCCUCUGUCUGCGCCCCUGGAUGGCAGGCUGAAGUCAGGGGGGCUGUUCAUUCCCAGCCCCCUCAGCAGCACUGGGGGAAGAAAAGGUUGUCACAACAGGUUCUUUCUGGCCCUCACUCAACAGCCUGGGCACUUGGCCCUCCUCCUCCUUGACAGCCCUCCCGCUUCUGGAAAGGACAGGGGUGACAAGAGUUGGUGUUGGGAUUGGCUCCCACUGCCUAACAACCACAAGUUUAUUUGGAAGGCUAGCGGGAAGCCCAGCGGCUUGUGUUUCCCUUGACUAAGGAACAGGGUGCUCAUUAGAGUGGGGCGGGCAGCUUUGGGAAGGACACAAGAAGCAGUGAGGGAGUAAGGAGGAUGCUGGCCCGGGCAGGCCAGUCUAGCCUGGCCACUAGCAGAAUGCCAAGCAGUCCAGCUGGAUUACCAGGGUGGCUGAGCAAGUGUCUGCGGGAGCAGAGAUGGCUGGAAGGGGCCUCUGCACAUGGAAGACGGCUUGUUCAGCCUGUUCACCUCCUGAGGACGCGAGCCGUCUCCUCUAAGGACAGAUGGAGCUGCUUCCUGAUCCCAAGCAGGUCGUUGCCACUGGAAGACAUGGCCUCUGUGAUUUAUGCAUCAUGCCCACAAACACACCUCUUAGUAUGUGCCUCUGUUUACCUUGGAGAUCAGCUCUCAUCUCCAGCACCGUUUCCUUUAGGCUGACUAAAAACAGUUUUGGAAACAAAGCUAUUGUCAAGUAUACAAGCAGAGGAAUUCCCUAACACUGUCCCCCUAGUCUUUUUUUUUUUUUUUUUUCAGGCUGUUUUAUAUGCCUAAAUUUUUUUCUUGAGAUAUAAAUGAAAAAUAGUUUCUUGUUUAAAUUCCCAUAAGGUAAUGAGAUAUGGAAAGAUGGCAAUAUAUGUGUAAACAUUGGUUUGUAUUUUAUUAAAUCAUUCUCAUGAAAAUUUUGUGUAAAGAACACAUGAUGUUUUGUAAUUUUCUAAUUAAAAUGUUCAAAAUGAGGCCGAGCAUGAUGGUUCAUCCCUGUAAUCUCAACACUUUGGGAGGCCGAGGCAGGAGGAUCACUUGAGGCCAGGUGUUUGAGGCUGCAGUGAGCUAUGAUCACACUACUGCACUCCAGCCUGGGUGACAGAGUGAGACCCUGUCUCUAAAGAAAAAAAAAAAAGUCAAAAUGGAA